GAAAGCUUACGAACUAGACUAGUAUACAAAACAAACACGGUACCGUUUAUAUUGAUUCAUGACAAAAUCGUAGUAAAACACCAGAACGCGUAGUAGGUUUUUUCAAAUUUUCAUUGAUAAAGUUUAGGAAAAAAAUCCGUUACGGAUUGAAAGGAACAAAUACGGUAAAAAGUGACGAUGGUGGAAAUAUCCGACCGGAACCUGACUGAGGAGCAUUCCUGUGGACUGUGUCGGAAAUCAGUGAAUUCUGUAAUCGAUUGCGGUGCUCUGAGCCAACGAUACAGCAUCCCUCUCAACACUAUGUUCAACAUUUUUCAGCUGCCUACCGUUUUCGACACUCCUUCAUCUUUGUGCGAUAAAUGUAUAGACAAACUACAUUCUGCUUAUGAUUUAUACCAGCAUAUGAUUCUAUCAACGGAUCGUGCAUCUGGGAAUACAGAAUCAUCUCCUGAUACAUCCAGAACUAAUCAAGAUAGUCCGCAGAUUCCCUGUCAUCCCUGUGGCAUUUGUGAGCUAACUUUUGAGAAUGACCUCUCACUGCAACGCCAUAGAAAAUUACUUCAUGCUAAGAUCAUUAUUCGUCACUACUAUUGUCUGCAUUGUAGUAAAACUUUUAAAACUAAUCGUGGGCUGGACCAACACUCGACCUACUGUCACAAAACUGAUGGCGAACCAUUUCGCUGUGAGCAGUGCUUUCGUGAUUUCACGACUAAGACAAGCUAUAUCAAUCAUCUAGCGCAUCAUGUCGAUUUCCUGUGCAAAUUUUGUGAUCAUGGGUUUUUUAAUGAAAUAAAAUUACUGGAUCAUGUUAAAACUAAUCACUGCGAUCGGUUGUUUAAAUGCAAUCGAUGUUCUAAAACUGAGCAACUUAGAAAAACUUUGAACAGGCACUUGAGGACAGCACACAACGUUCAACAGGAUGAGUUCUAUUGUGGUCACUGCACGAAUGGCUGCUCAUACAAUGAUCUUGCGGUGCUAAACGAUCACAUACAAGAAGCACACAAAAGCUUAGAAAAUGAUGGAGAUUACACGGAACUUCUAAAUGAACCUUUCUUCGUCAAAGACAUAGCUUUAGAACUGGAACUGGACAAAUCGAGACAUGAAGAAAAUAAGGAAGAUUUCUUAAAGCAUUUUAACUUAGUUCGAUCCAGAACCAGAACCUUCGAAAACAUUUCAAACACACUCAAUCCCAACAAAAUGAUCCUGGAAGAAUUUUUGGAUGAAGCUUUCGAAAACGAUCAAGUAUGGGCAAAAUACAUCGAAGGUGGGGAAGAGUAUCUCAUCGACAACUACGAUUUUUAUUUAGAAGGUCCCACGGCUGACAAAGUUCCGUUCAAAUAUAAAUGCCCACAAUGCGAUGCAGGAUUCAUGAAACAAGCUCUUCUAACGAUUCAUCUGGCCGAAACACACAAUGUUGCUUGCUUGGUGUGCAACGAUUGCGGUGCCAAUUUUCGUAAGCUUAUUGAAUACAGAGACCACCGGAGGGAACAUCUCAAAGAAAACGCCAGAUUCGUGGAAAACAUCAUACCUGAAGCGGAAGAAGCCCUAUCAUUGGUUCAACAGGAAGAGAAAGAGUAUACCGUUAGCGAAAAAGGAACAACUUAUGUGUUCACUUGCAAACUCUGUGACCGUACGUUCUCGAAAAAAUGUAAUUUUGAAAAACACAAAUGCUCCUUUUAUGAAGGUGAUUCAAGCGUGCAGGAAAAAAUGGCUGCCUCGAAGUCAAACUCGCUGAUUGGUGGAGAUCCCACAUUACCGGAUAAUCUGUUUUGUACAUUGUGUGAUAAGAAAUUCAUCUCCAUAUCGGGUUUGAAAUAUCACCUCAAGCGACAUACAGAUAUCAAAGCGUUUGCUUGUGUAUAUUGUAGUAAAAAGUUUACCGCCAACUCGAAUCUAAAUGCCCAUAUUCGCAACAAGCACAGUCUGGACAAGAGCCACGUCUGUCCGGAAUGUGACCAAAACUUUGCCUGCAAGGAUCAUCUGACGAAGCAUAUCCGUUCCAAGCACCGCCAGGAGCGAACGUUCAAGUGUCCGGAAUGUUCCAAAUGUUACUUUCAAAAGUCCCACCUGAACGACCACGUGGCUGCAUCUCACCUGGGGUAUAAGGCCUUCGUUUGCGAACUGUGCAACACAUCGUACAGCUGCAGAGGCUCACUGAGACGACAUCUAGCAAAAACCCAUAAAUAAUUAGCCGAAAUAAAUGCGUUAUUUGUUAAA